AUGGCGGAAGCUGCAGGGAUAUGUUCGACAGCUUCCGGUGUGACUGCGCAGGCGCGUUCACUGGGCCUACAUGUGAACAGGAUGUGGACGAGUGCGCUUCCGGAACUGAUCCUUGUAGGAAUGGAGCGACUUGUGAGAAUACUAUGCGAGUGCCCUGCUGGCAAAGCCGGUCCUACCUGUGACGCAACCGUCUUCGACUGUCGUCUGUUUCCGUGUCUCAACACAGGCGUCUGCGCACCUUCCGGUUCCUCCCACGUGUGCACAUGCACCACGCCCUUCACGGGUCAGCGCUGCGAGCAGAGUCUCGAUCCCUGCCUACCUAACCCUUGUCUCUUCGGUGGACAGUGCUUUCUGGACGCCUCGAAGCAGUCCGGUUAUGGGUGCCGAUGUGCGGAUGGCUAUCUCGGUUCUCGAUGUGAGGCCGAUGUGUACGAUUGCUUGUCUAACCCGUGUCAGAAUGGAGGCACCUGUGUAGAGGGAAUGUUUGCAAAGCCGCAGCAAAAUGAAGGAGGAGGAACAGGAGGAGGAGGAGGAGGGUCAAGUCUGUCCCAAAAUACAAAUAAUCUUCCUCAGAACAGUAACGAUAACACAUCUCCAGGGACAUCUUCAACAAACACGAACGCCGCAGGAGGGAGCGGGAUGAAUGCGGCAGCAGGAGAGGCUGGUGGUGUGAGUGUCCAGCUAAGCACUCAAGAGCCCCGCUACGUCUGCGAGUGUCCGGCCGGCUUCACGGGGACCCUGUGUGAGCUGGACGUUGUCUCCUGCAUGUCUGCGCCCUGCAAGAAUGGCGGGAACUGCUUGUCCCGACAGGGCGGAGGAUUCUCCUGCGAAUGUUUAGCCGGCUGGGCGGGUGACCAGUGCCAAGAUGACGUCAACGAAUGUACAGGUAUACCAUUUCAGCAUUUCGCCAAUUCUCCAUUUCACGAUUUCUCCAUUUUAACUUUUCUCCAUUUCAACUUUUCUCCAUUUCACCAUUUCUCCAUUUCACCAUUUCUCCAUUUUACCAUUUCUCCAUAUCAUCAUUUCUCCAUUUCACCAUAUUACUAUUUGUCCAGCUGUAUUUGCCUGGCUGCCUGGACUGGACCCGUCUGUGACGUCACUGUAGAAGACUGCCGGGCCAGGCCUUGCCUGAAUGGAGGGACGUGCGCUGACCAGAAAGGUCAAGGUGACAUCUGGACGUGCGCUUGUCCGGCAGGUGAGCUUGCUGAUGAGUCAUGUUUUGGCGGCGUUGACUGCUCUGUCCCUGUGAACGCCUGUGAGCCCAACCCAUGCCUCAACAAAGGGGCGUGUCGAGUUGACGUGGGCGGGGCCUCGUAUGUCUGUGACUGCCUGCCUGGCUUCACGGGUUCUCGAUGUGAGGGCGAGAUUGACGAAUGCACCACUCUCAAACCGUGCCGUAACAACGCCACCUGUGUGGAUCAGCUCAACGACUUCACGUGCCGCUGUGAGCCUGGCUGGGCCGGACGCACGUGCGAGGAACAAGUUCGCUACUGCUCGUCUCAGCCCUGUCUGCACGGCAGCACGUGCGUGGAGGUGUCAGGAGGGUACCUGUGUCGAUGUCCCCCUGGAUAUGCUCUGGAAAACUGCGGCUACGAGGUCAACGAGUGCUCCUUCGACCCAUGCAGGCACGGGGCCGUGUGUGUGGAUCUCCUCAACAGUUUCCGCUGCGACUGCUUGAUAGGAUUCACAGGUGUUGCGUGUGAGGUGAACAUCAACGACUGUGAAUCUUCUCCCUGCAAGAACGGCGCUACGUGCAUUGACCUUGUGAACGCCUUCAUCUGUUCCUGUCUGCCCGGUUACACAGGUUUAAAGUGUGAGACGGACAUCCCAGAAUGUGAGCCGAACCCCUGUCAAAAUGGCGGCAGCUGUGCAGAGUUAUACCCCGGCUCCUUCAACUGCACUUGUCCUUCUGGGGUCGAAGGUGACACCUGUGAAGUCAUGACCAUAGCGACCUUUAUGGGGUCAAACGCCUUGACCUUUGCGUCACUCGACGCCAUAACUCAACCCUUGGAUGUCAAUGAUAACACAAUGAACGACGCAGCAGCGAGAGUAACAAGGAGAAGGCGCAGAUCAAUAGACACAUCAGUUUAUCCUUCGACUUUGUCAUCCGACAACUUGUCGUUUCUUGUCCAGCAAUCUCCUGACACAGAAUACGAAGUUGACAACGGUUAUCCAACUCCUGGUGUGUUGAGAUUUAUUCCUUCAAUGUCUAAGAACGAUCCUGAAGACAAUUUACAAGACAAAGUUCUUCGAAAGCCUCAAACGUUUUCCGAGGAUUCAAAAGCGGCCCUACGUCAGCAUUCUUCAGAACGUUCAGGGGAUCGUUAUAUUGGGUUUUCCCGUACCCAAAGAAAGAGAGCUUUGUCAGAGGAAAAUAAUGACAUUACAGUUUUGUACUCCAACGACGAAUUCACGACGUCCAAUUCUUUUGGAUACAAGAAAAAUACAGUGAUGUCCCUGAAUACUCAAGGAAAAACAACCAUUUCUUCGGAAAGCAGUGCAAUUCCAGUUAUGUCCCUGGGGGUAAAACAGUUUCAAGGGGGACAAAUAGUGCGAGACAGACGAGUGAAGAGACAAGCAGAAGUUGGAGGGGCGGUUGGAGAAGAGUUCAAAGUUCAGAUCCAGUUCACACUGACGACCACGGUGCUGGAAGGAAUCCUGCUGUUUAUUACCGGGGUAAGUCCCUUGUGCUGUUACUGUUCCACGGGCAACGAGACCCACAAGGAGGAGACUUCCUACUUGGGCCAGCCCCAGCAUGUCGGUAUCGAAUUCCUCCCGGACUCUCGCCUUCACCUCACCGCCAACAAUGGUGCUAACAAACUCCGGACGUCCUUGGCCCUUCCCGGCCCCACUUCCGGCAUCUACAGUCACGUGGUACUCCUAGAACUUGAUCCCACAGCAGCUGUAUUGACCCUUGACCCUAACUCUUGUUCGGGUAUCAAAGGAUGUGUCCGUGACGUCACCAUCAACGGCCAGCAGCUCGACCUCCAGAACAGCUCGGCCACAGUGUUCGGCAACGACCCGCCUCCGGCUCAGCCAGGCUGUAGCAGAGACGUGGCUUGUCAGGACAGUCCUUGCGUCAACGGAGGGGCGUGUCUCAACUCGUGGGCGGGGCCUCAGUGCCAAUGUGGGGACGCCUACACUGGGAGGAACUGUUCCGAAACUGCCGCCAGCACGUUCAACGGAGUCUCCAGCCAUGUCUACAUCCGGUUAGACCGUUCCCAGCGUGCAUUCGGCGACAAUGGCGCCUUCCACUUCCGGACCCGCCAGGCCUCCUGCACGCUCAUGCUGCUGCAGUUUCUGAGGCCAGGGGGUCAGGUCGGAGACUUCAUCGAGUUCCGGGUAUACCGAGGUCGUCUGCAGGUCUACUCCAGUUUUAGUAAAGGUAACGCCAGCGUCCUCGUGGGCUAUCUCGACGGCUGCAUGAAAGGCUUGAGCUUCAACAACCAGAGCCUGGACCUACGUGGCGAGACACCUCCCACACCCGGGCUUUCGAUUGCACCGACUGACCUGACCCCGCGCUGCCAGGGGUCACGUGUGUGUGACGUCAAUCCAUGUCCGCCCAACUCCUUCUGCGUGGACGACUGGAACGCCUUCUCCUGUCCUUGUCUAGACGGCUGGACGGGCGAAAGUUGUGCAGAUAGCGUGGACGACUGUUUGAACGGCCAGUGUGAGAAUAACGCGACGUGUGUGGAUGGUCAUCAGAGUUUUUCGUGCGUGUGUGCGGAGGAUUUUACUGGUGUGCUGUGCGAGACGCCUGUGGAAGCUUGCUUCGAGAAUCCCUGCAACAUUAGUAGUUCGGAGUCGUGCGUGUCGUUUAAUUCUUCCUACUUCACGUGUAACUGUCUCCCUGGAUAUACGGGGAACACGUGUGAUGUUUUGAUUGACAACUGCGACCCUCCCCCUUGUCGCAACGACGCGUCUUGUUUAAAUAAAGUGAACGAUUUCGAGUGUUCUUGUGUAGUGCCAUAUUUUGGAUCACUCUGUGAGUUUGAGGAUUUCUGUGUGUCGGACCCUUGCUUUAACAACGGUAAAUGCUUGCUUCAGAAUCAGCGUGUACUUAAUAAUUCUGACAACGCUUCUACUUCCGAUGUGUCUGCCACUCCGAGCCUGAAUUUUACCAAUUCUAGCGCAACAAAACAACCCUCUUUUAUAUGCCAAUGCACUGAUCCUUAUUUUGGGAAUGUAUGUCAGUAUUUUGAUUUUUGCAAGGACAAUAAGUGCCAAAACAAUGCCACAUGCAUUUUGGAAUCAACGCGAUAUCUCUGUAAUUGCUCCAGGGGUUACUAUGGCAACUAUUGUGAGUUUGUGGAUUACUGUAUAUCCGAACCAUGUCAGAAUGAUGCUGAGUGCAGAAAUGGGGCAGAUUCCUAUUUCUGUAUGUGUCCUUUCUACUACACAGGGACCAACUGCGAGACUCCUGUGAAUCAGUGCGAAUUUAAUGAAUGUUUUAACGGUGCUACGUGUAUUUUUAAUGAGACUCUUUUGGCAGCUUCUCAAAUAUCAUCAUCAUCAUCAUCAUCAUCAUCAUCAUCAUCAUCAUCAUCAUCAUCAUCACCAUCAUCAUCAUCAGCGCUGGUCGCUAACACAACUUACUGCCUGUGCGUGGCUGGCUACACCGGAGCGCACUGCGAAAUUGACAUCGAUGAAUGCAGUUCGAAUCCCUGCCAAAACAACGCCACCUGCCUCGACAGCCGCAAUGCUGCGCCCGGGGAAGGGUUUUACGUCGGUUUUAGGUGCGAGUGUUUGCAGGGGUUCCACGGAGACGCUUGUGAGUUUGAGACGAACGAAUGUCUGACUGAACCAGAACCGUGUCUGAAUGGCGGGAACUGUACCGACAUAGUGAAUGGUUUCGAGUGCGCAUGCGCCGAGGGUUACAACGGAAGUCGUUGUGCUGUGGAUACUCGGGGCUGCGCGUCGGACCCGUGUCAAAAUGGCGGCUCGUGUCAGGGGAAGGGAGAUAACUACACUUGUGUGUGCGGUCUGGGAUACACAGAUUGGUUUACUUGA